AUGGAGAGCAACAGCCGGGAGCAGCAGGCCAGGAAAUAUUUGGAGAAAUAUCGGAUUAUGGAGUUGCUGAACCUCCUCACUAGUCACCUGCUCUUUUACCAGCCAAAUAAACCAAGAGAGUAUUUAAUAUCUCUAUUAGAACGACUGAGAAUUGCUAAAAUAACAGGUGUGGCUUUCCCUUUCUUCAUGGAUCACUCUAACAUUGUGUCUAUGUUCGAGAUGAUGGACUCUGGACGUAAAGGCAGCAUAUCAUUUGUGCAGUACAAAAGAGCCCUAGAGAACCUGGGUCUGUCAACUGAAGAUGAAGAUUUAAAAGAUGAUGGAAAUGGAAUAACUUUGGAUAAAUUCAAGGACGAAGUGAGCAGAAGGGUUCAGGAAAUAUGGUCAGCAUUUUAA